AUGUCCCUGUCUGCGCGCCCGCAGCGCCGGGUCCUCGUCACCAAGAUCAAUAGGAGCCAGUCCUUUGCUGGAGUGAACUCGACGGCCGACAGGCCCUUCAGCAGGAACCUCUCACCCUUCACCCCCACCGUGUCCCGCAAGACUGGCUCCAGGGUCAGUAGGAUGUUCUCAAUGUCCCACAAAUCCCCACCACCCAAGGUGCCUCAGCCCAACCGCCUGGACGAGGUGUAUGAAGCUCUCAAGAAGGGCCUGACAGCCUACCUGGAGGUGCACCAGCUGGAACUGGAGAAGCUCAGCACCCAGAUCCGUGAGUCCAAGAGGAAUUCACGCCUGGGCUUCCUCUACGAUCUGGACAAGAACAUGUGCCUGCUGGAGAACGAGCUGGAGAGCCAGCUGGGCGAGUUCCACGUCCGCAUGAAAGGACUGGCAGGGUUUGCCCGGCUCUGUGCUGGUGACCAGUACGAGAUCUUCAUGAAGUACGGGCGGCAGCGGUGGAAGCUGCGCGGGCGCAUCGAGGUGAACAGCAAGCAGGUGUGGGACAGCGAGGAGAUGGUCUUCUUGCCCCUCGUCACCGAGUUCCUCUCCAUCAAGGUGACGGAGCUAAAGAGCCUGGCCAACCAUGUGGUGGUGGGCAACGUGUCCUGCGAGACCAAGGACCUUUUUGCAGCUCUGCCCCAGGUGGUGGCUGUGGAUAUCAAUGACUUGGGCACCCUCAAACUCAGCCUGGAGGUGACCUGGAACCCCUUCGACAAGGAUGACCAGCCCUCAGCAGCCAGCACGGUCAACAAGGCCUCCACGGUGAACAAGAGGUUCUCCACCUACAACCAGAGCCCACCUGACACCCCAUCCCUGCGGGAACAGGCGUUCUAUAACAUGCUGCGGCGCCAGGAGGAGCUGGAGAACGGCAUGGCCUGGUCCAUCUCUUCUGAGUCCUCGGACGACUCCUCCAGCCCCCAGCUGUCUGGCAGUGCCCGCCACGCUGCCCACAAGCCCAUCGUGCAGCCCGAGCUCCAGGCCUCUGCCCCCGCCAUCGAGAUCUCCUUCUCCCAGCAGCCAGAGGAGGCUGGGGCUGCUCCCGGGGCCGGUGGCAGCAGCAGCAGCAGCAGCAGCAACAUCCCCACCUCCGGGAGCCAGCCCGAGGAACCGGGCAGCCAUAGGAAGGAUGCGGUGGCCAACGGGCACGUGCCCUACUCCCGGACUCUGAGCCACAUCAGCGAGGCCAGCGUGGAUGCCACGAUGGAGGCCAAGGUGGCCGAGAGCCCCUGGGAACCUGCGCCCUGCCUGGAGGACACGGGGACAGUCCAGCGGGACCAGGACGCCUUGCCCGGUGCCUCGGUGGUGGCCACAGGGCUGGCAGGGCAGGACCAGGGAGCUGAGGCCAAGCCCCGUGCCACCGUGGCCUGGGCCACCUCCACCUGCCAGGAGGACACUGGUGGGGCAGAGCUGGAGCAGAGCCGGGCUCCAGCACAGGCUGGGCACGGCACCGGGGCUCCCGCGGCGCCGGCACAAGCCCCCGUGGAGGAGGGACCCAUCCCAACCCCACCGCUGCCCGGUGGUGUCCCUGCGGUGCCGCGGGGGAAGGUGGUGGAUUCGGGUCUGGAGGAGGCCAUCAGCCUUCUGGGCUCGGCCCUGGAUGACUAUCGGGGGCAGUUCCCUGAGCUGCAGCCCCUGGAACGGGAGCUCAAGCACCUGGAGGAGAUAUUGCUGCAGAAGCAGGGCAUCUUCCUCAGCCGGGCCUCCAGCAUCAGCCUGACGGUGGAGCACGCCCUGGAGAGCUUCAGCUUCCUCAACACCUCUGACAUGGAGGACUCAGAGGGCUCCGAGGAGGAGCCCCUCCACGACGAGAGGAGGGCGGGCAGAGCCCGGCGUGGCAGCAGGGCCCCCAGUGCUGCUGAGGUGAUGGCAGAUGACACCGGCAUGUGCAGCGGCUCCGAGGCCAGCACUGACCCCAUGAGCACUGGCAACGAGUUCCUGGAUAAGGCCCUGGUGCUUCACCUCCACACCUGCAACCACCUGCUGCUGAAGCUGGGCACCUUCGGUCCCCUGCGGUGCCAGGAGAUGUACGCCUUGGACAGGCUGCUGCGGGAGGCCCAGGUGCUGGAGAUCGUCUGCCAGCUGACUGAGGAGCGAGCAGGAGCAGCUGGAUCUGCUGCUGAAGUGGUGCAGUUCUCCAUGCAGAAGGAGGGAGUGCUGCCCCUCUGGGAGCGCUGCGUGGAGGCGCCCAACCUCUACACCUGCCCCGUGGAGCGGUUCCUGCAGGUGCUCAGCACCCAGCACGCGGCGCCCAUCAGCGAGCGGCACCCUGGGCUGGCUGACACCGGUGAGUGGGGCGAGCAGGUCACCAUCUUCCAGUACUGGAGCCACUUUGAGUCACUCGGCGCCCUGGUGCUCGACACCUACAUGAUGGAGCUGGCAGAGGAAGCCCUGCUGGCACAGAACCUCAACUCAGAUGACCAGGACGUGGUGCUGCGUGCCCUGAAGCGUGUCCCUGAGGGCCGCCUGAAGAAGGAGGGACUGAAGGCCCUGAGCCUGCUCCUCGUGGAGGGCAACAGCAAAGUGGUGAGCGCCGUGUCGGCCCAGCUUCGCAGCCUGGCAGAAAACCCCCACUUCCGCCAACGGGCUCUCGUGUGCUACCUGGAGCAGCUGGAGGAUGAGGAGGUGCAGACGCGCGUGGCCGGGUGCGCGGCGCUGGGCUGCCUGAAGGCCAAGGAGAGCAUCGAGCAGCUGGUCUACCUGUGCCAAACUGACAAGGAGCCUGUGCGGGAGGCAGCCAAGCAGAGCCUGAUGCUGUGUGUGCCCGGGCGGCCCGGCAGCGCCCAGGGCGAACAGGUCACCAUCUUCCAGUACUGGAGCCACUUUGAGUCACUCGGCGCCCUGGUGCUCGACACCUACAUGAUGGAGCUGGCAGAGGAAGCCCUGCUGGCACAGAACCUCAACUCAGAUGACCAGGACGUGGUGCUGCGUGCCCUGAAGCGUGUCCCUGAGGGCCGCCUGAAGAAGGAGGGACUGAAGGCCCUGAGCCUGCUCCUCGUGGAGGGCAACAGCAAAGUGGUGAGCGCCGUGUCGGCCCAGCUUCGCAGCCUGGCAGAAAACCCCCGCUUCCGCCAACGGGCUCUCGUGUGCUACCUGGAGCAGCUGGAGGAUGAGGAGGUGCAGACGCGCGUGGCCGGGUGCGCGGCGCUGGGCUGCCUGAAGGCCAAGGAGAGCAUCGAGCAGCUGGUCUACCUGUGCCAAACUGACAAGGAGCCUGUGCGGGAGGCAGCCAAGCAGAGCCUGAUGCUGUGUGGGGAAGACGGCAAAUCAGCACACCGGCGCCUGGAGGAGCCCCUGGACAGCCUCCCGAGGAUCUUUGCCCCAGCCAGCAUGGCCAGUACAGCUUUCUGA